AGACUGGCUAGUGAGUCAGAUCCCAGGGCAGUCCUGGUUGAGAAGUCAAGAAGGCAGCAGCAAAGUGGGAGAAGCUGUGAGAGAGAAGAGCCUUGUCUUCUGCCACCCCCCAGCACCAUGGGCUUCCGAGGCUGCAUCUUAAUGCUGCUGCUGCUAAUGAUCACAAGUCAUGACUACAAUGCAUCGAUGGCUUUUCACAUGUCUAAAUCCAACUGGUCAUGCCCCAGAAUUAAAGUGAAGUGCAAUUCCAAAGAGCCCAGCACUUGCUCCAGGAACCGGGAUUGCAGAAGCCCAGAGAAAUGUUGCCUAUUAAACUGUGGAAAGCACUGCCUAAGCCCCAGUAAUGACCCAUGUACUGAGAGUCUCAAAACUAAGCCUUGCUCCAGCCCUUUGAACCGAUGGUACUUCAGCACUACAAAAAAUAGAUGUGUCCCUCUCAACAGUGGCGUAUGUCCUGAAGGCAGAAACAACUUCCAGGCUUUUGAUAUUUGCAAGAAGACCUGUUUAGCAUUUGGACAUGGAGAGCCAGCAAAACAAUAUAAGUUGGGAAACAAACCAUUCACUGUGAUGGCUUAGGCAAAUGUGCCCCUCUGAAAUGUUUCAAAAAUCUCCCUGCUUCAGAGAAUAGAGCAUCUCACAGCUACCGGGCACCUUGGGCAUCAUCUCCUCUCCUGACUACUUCUCCAGAAUCUCCUCCCCAACACCCCAUUGCAAGCAGGUCUCCAGCCUCUGCUUAAAGGACUCCAGAGAUGGGGAACUCACUCCCUUCUAAGGCUACCCAUUCCAGUCUUGCAUAUAAAGAAGUUUGAUCACAUACACAAAGUCCCCCAGAAAGUCAGCCCCAAACCACAGAUUAGAUUCCCUCAUAUCCUGACACUUCUUACAUGUGUGAGCCUUGGCCAGGCAUUUCCCCUUUACUAGUUUUACUUUUCUCAUCUAUUGUGUGAGAGGUAAAGUUGGGGGACUCUGAGAAAGGUGGAUCUCACAUUGUGAGCAGAUACGGUGAAAUGACUUGUCAGGGUCACACAGCUAAGGAGUGAGGGAGAAAUGAACCCCAUACUGCUCGGUACCUAGAUAAUGCUCUUUCCUCUAUACUAUGUUACCUUUCUUGAGUCCUUUAAGAAUUAUGUUUUUCCUAGGUUGAAGUACUCUUUUUUUCCUGUGAAUAAAGCAUUUUAAAAUGAAA